AGUGUUUCGUUCAUUUGAAGUCGAACCGAGUGCGCAGUCAGACGUGUGUGCCUUUUUCGUGUGUGCGUUUCAGAGCAGUAGCAGCAGCAAGCAGAGAAUCUGUCAAAUACCUGGCUGAAAGGCGAUUCUCCAAAUAAUAUUGCAUCAUAAGUUUCCAGAGAAACGUGAUUUUUUUGUGAAUUUCACACGGUAGUGCAGUGCAAAAUGUUGAAGGCAGCCAAAUUCGUGACCCGCGCCCUGACGGAGAACCGUGCCCUGUUGCAAAAUGGAGGAAUCCUUCGCAACAGCAUGCAGGCACGCCUCAAGUCCGACACGGUCAAGGGUGCCGUCAUCGGUAUCGAUCUGGGAACGACCAACUCGUGCGUGGCCGUCAUGGAGGGCAAACAGGCCAAGGUAAUCGAAAACGCCGAAGGUGCCCGCACAACCCCAUCGCACGUGGCCUUCACCAAGGACGGUGAACGAUUGGUCGGUAUGCCAGCGAAACGUCAGGCUGUCACAAACUCGGCAAACACCUUCUACGCCACCAAGCGUCUGAUCGGCCGUCGUUUCGACGAUCCGGAGAUCAAGAAGGACAUGAAGAACCUGUCCUACAAGGUGGUGAGGGCUUCCAAUGGAGACGCUUGGGUUCAGGGUGGUGACGGUAAGGUCUACUCGCCCAGCCAGAUCGGAGCCUUCGUGCUGAUGAAGAUGAAGGAAACGGCCGAAGCCUACCUGAACACUAACGUCAAGAAUGCCGUCGUUACGGUUCCGGCUUACUUCAACGACUCGCAGCGUCAGGCUACCAAGGAUGCUGGACAGAUUGCUGGUCUGAACGUGCUGCGAGUGAUCAACGAACCGACGGCCGCCGCUUUGGCCUACGGUAUGGACAAGAGCGAGGACAAGAUCAUUGCCGUGUACGAUCUGGGAGGUGGUACCUUCGAUAUUUCGAUCCUGGAGAUCCAGAAGGGCGUGUUCGAGGUCAAGUCGACCAAUGGUGACACCCUGUUGGGAGGAGAGGAUUUCGAUCAUCACAUCGUGGACUAUCUGGUUGCGGAGUUCAAGAAGGAGCAGGGCAUUGACAUCACCAAGGACGCCAUGGCCAUGCAGCGCCUGAAGGAAGCUGCCGAAAAGGCCAAGUGCGAGCUGUCCUCUUCCGUUCAGACCGACAUCAACCUGCCGUACAUCACCAUGGAUGCCUCCGGACCGAAGCAUUUGAACCUGAAGUUCACCCGCGCCAAGUUGGAACAGCUGGUCGGAGAUCUGAUCAAGCGUACGAUCGGACCCUGCCAGAAGGCUUUGUCCGAUGCCGAGGUGUCCAAGUCGGACAUCGGCGAGGUUCUGCUGGUCGGUGGAAUGUCCCGUAUGCCAAAGGUACAGCAGACAGUGCAAGACAUCUUCGGUCGCACUCCGUCCCGUGCCGUGAAUCCGGACGAAGCUGUCGCCGUUGGUGCUGCCGUGCAGGGUGGUGUCCUGGCUGGAGACGUUACCGAUGUGCUGCUGCUGGACGUCACUCCGCUGUCGCUGGGUAUCGAAACUCUCGGAGGUGUCUUCACUCGUUUGAUCACCCGUAACACUACCAUCCCAACGAAGAAGUCGCAGGUCUUCUCCACUGCCGCUGAUGGUCAGACACAGGUCGAAAUCAAGGUCCACCAGGGCGAGCGCGAGAUGGCCGCCGACAACAAGAUGCUGGGUUCGUUCACAUUGGUGGGAAUCCCGCCGGCACCUCGCGGUGUGCCACAGAUUGAGGUCGUGUUCGACAUCGAUGCCAACGGUAUUGUGCACGUGUCGGCUCGCGACAAGGGAACCGGAAAGGAACAACAGAUCGUCAUUCAGUCGUCUGGUGGUUUGAGCAAGGACGAAAUCGAGAACAUGGUCAAGAACGCCGAACAGUACGCUGCUACCGACAAACUGAAGAAGGAACGCAUCGAGGCCAUCAACCAGGCUGAAGGUAUUGUGCAUGACACCGAGUCCAAGAUGGAGGAAUUCAAGGAUCAGUUGCCCAAGGAAGAGUGUGACAAACUGCGCGAAGAAAUCGUCAAGGUCCGCGAAAUCCUGGCCAACAAGGAUGAAGCCGACCCAGAGGAAAUCCGCAAGACUGUCAGCACCCUGCAGCAAUCCUCCCUGAAACUGUUCGAGAUGGCUUACAAGAAGAUGGCUUCCGAGCGGGAAAGCAGCGGUAGCAGCUCAAGCAGCGGCAGCAGCAGUAGCGACGACAGCGCGGAAAAGAAGGAAAACAAGAACUAAGUUAAAUUUCUUUUAGCCCUAUCCUUUACUUCUAACCGAACAAGAACUCCUGUAAAAUAUAGUUGUAGACCUGAAAGAUAGUGUUUAGCCAAAUUUCGCCGGACAUUGAGACAGACAGCGCAACACACAGAGAAUAUUAUAGGAAACAUACAAACAAAUUGCUACUAAUUUAGGAGCUAAUAGAGAGUUACAACUAUGAACUUAGUUGAUGAAGUUGUCUAGUUCAGUGCUAAGGAUCAGAGCACUUCGUUUAGCCAAUAAACCAGUUUUCUCGCGCGCGCGUGUAUCAAUCGAGCACCAGACAACAUUUCGCGAUUGCAUUAAUAAUGACAAACGUUCGUACUCAUUCAUCCCCCGCACUUACCAAACAUCGUUUUGGGCUUUCAGAAUCUGUGUUAUUAUUUUCCUUCGUUCAAUCGGAGCUCACCGGUCUCCCUGUGGUAGUGAUCGUUUUUAAUUUUAUCAUGAGAAACCUUUUGUUACUGAGUACAAAGCAAUUAGAAAGGAAGACGAAAUAGAACGCUCAAAAUUCCAACCGUAACAGCUAUUUCUCAGUUUAUUUCCCAGUGGGUUGUUACUUUGGGACCGAGAAAGAAAAGCACACACAACACUUGAUUUGGUUUAUACGCAAAUAGUGCGUGCGCAGCUUCCUCUGCAGCUUUAUCUCGUGUGUCUCUCGCGGGCUGCUUGGUGGGGUAGGUAAGAGAAAUUAUCGAAUAAUGUUGAUCAUUAUGUUUCGACUCUGAAAACCAAAUGAUAAUAAGUAUAUUGAACGAAUUUACUCGUUUGAAACUAUAGGAAUGUGAACCGUUAAGAAAAGCUGUUGUAGAUAAAACUUCUGUGGCAUACCAGUUAUGAGGGAAGACAUCGCUCGAUGGGAAUGACUUUUAUUGCAAUAUGAUUAAGAAUACCAUUAUGUGAACCGUAAAA